GGCCUGGCCCAACUUCAACGUUACAAAAAUUCAUAAUUGGGCUUAAAAGCCCAUUUUUAUUCAUCAAUGGGCCGAUGAAGGGCCCAAACGAAUCCUUAUAUGCGUGGGGACCACCUCUCUUCUUCCUUGAUUCAAUAACCACCUCUCUGUAACUUCACUGUUCAACUCCCACCAUGGCUUCCUCUCCAUUUUUCCCUCUCCUCCUCAGCCUCUUCUCUCUCUUCUUCCGACUUACCUCCGCCGCCUACUCCAUCGGCGUCAACUAUGGCACGGUAGCCGACAACCUCCCUCCGCCGUUCCAGGUCGCUGCCUUCCUCAAAUCCCAAACCUCCAUCGAUCGCGUCAAGAUCUUUGACGCCAACCCCGAUAUCCUUCGCGCCUUCGCCGGCACCGGCAUCGCCCUCACUAUUUCCGUCGUUAACGGUGACAUUCCAACCCUCGCCAAACUCCCCGCCGCUCAGUCUUGGGUCGCCAUUAACGUUCUUCCGUUUUACCCCAACACUCUGAUCAACUACAUCGCCGUCGGGAAUGAGAUUCUCGCCACUUCCGAUAAGAAUCUCAUAGCGCAUAUGCUCCCGGCGAUGAAGGCUUUACAUUCCGCUCUGAGGCUCGCGAAUAUCUCGGACAUCAAGGUUUCAACCCCUCAUUCGUUGGGCAUUUUGUCGGCGUCGGAGCCGCCGAGUAACGGGCGGUUCCGGCGGGGGUACGACCGUGUCAUAUUUGCUCCGAUCCUCGAGUUUCACCGUCGGACCAAGACGCCGUUCAUGGUGAAUCCGUACCCCUUUUUUAGUUUCAGACCGGCGACGCUGGACUUCGCGCUGUUUAAGCCCAACGCCGGGGUUUUCGACAACGUCACUGGAAUGCACUACACGAACAUGUUCGACGCGCAGCUGGAUGCGGUUUACUCGGCGAUGAAGAAGCUCGGUUACGGCGACGUGGACAUCGUGGUGGCGGAGACUGGUUGGCCCUCCGCCGGCGACCCAAAUCAACCCGGCGUGAGCAUGGAGAACGCCAUUUCGUACAACCGGAAUCUCGUUAAGCUUGUCAACUCCGGUAUCGGAACGCCAUUGAUGCCGAACAGAACCUUCGAAACUUACGUCUUCGCUCUUUUCAACGAGAAUCUCAAACCGUCGGCUUCUGAGAGGAACUACGGCCUUUUCAAACCCGAUCUAACUCCGGUCUACGACGUCGGCAUCAUCCUGAACCAACCGUCAAUGGGGCCCACGUCUCCAAACGCACACGCACCAGAACCGUUAUAUGUGGGGAGGAAGUGGUGCGUGCCGAAAACGGACGUGUCAGAUGAAGCGUUGCAGAAGAAUAUUGACUACGUGUGUAGCAGCGGAGUGGAGUGUGGGCCCAUAGAAGCCGGCGGGGCCUGCUACAAUCCCAAUACAGUCCGGUCACAUGCUUCGUACGCCAUGAACGCUUACUUUCAGUCCGCCGGCCGCCAUGAUUUCAACUGCGACUUUAACAACACCGCCAUCCUCACCGCCGCCGACCCCAGUUAUGAGACCUGCAGCUACCCGUUCGAUGAAGAAAAGUUAACCGAAAAAUCGGCGGGGAUGACCAGUAGGAUGAUCGGGGCGGUGGCGCUCGCAUGUAUUGCGGUGGUUGGUGUGGCGGUGUUUUACUAAUUUGAAACAAAAGUGAGAUUUGGUGUUUUUUUUUUUAUAUAAUUUACAUACAAAACUCAAUUAAUGUAAAGCUUGAAGGAGUUAAAUAACAAUGAAAAAUAUUCCCUCUACGCUUAAU